AUGCCUGAAAUAAAUGAACUUGAAAUAGAUGAAUUUAAAAUGGAUGAAUCUGAAAUAACUAAAACUGAAAAUGCAUUAAUUGAUAAAGAUAUUAUUAAAAUGAUAAUUCAUGAAUUUCGUAAUAGUAAUGAUGAAACAGAUGAUGAAGAAGAAUCAUCAUCACCUCCUCCAAUAAUUAUAACGGAAGCUAUCGACAUACUGAAACAAGUUAUAAGCUAUCAAGAAAGUCUUGAAGUUAAAAAAGGAUUUAAUGAGAAUGAAUUAAUAAUAUUAUGA